CUAGCACAGAUCGCAAGUUGCCUUCUGCUAUUGUCCAACUCGCUUACGUAGCCACAUGCCAUAGACGAAAGGCACAUUUGGCGCACCGCAAAGUAUGCAAUCAAUUUUAAUGGCACACAUGCAGUGCAUGGGCGUGGCAUCGCCUCGCCGUAGCCAUGCAAUGUUUUACCAAUAAUUUUCAAUAUAAUCAGCACCUGCGACGCCGUCAACUGCGACUACGAUGGGCGUAAAGGAAGCCGACAAAUGUUGCUAAUGUAUAAACAUUUGAGGCUGCCGGCAAUGUUAAAAGGAAUAAAAAUUGAAAUGCCCGAGCUCGCCCAGCGAGGCGGCUCAGACACGUCAGCGGGCGGGCGAGUGUGGCACACUUGCCACAUUUAUGUGGCAGCCAGCCGUUCUCAACUGGCGCUGAGUAUCAGUGCGGCAGGCGGAACCCGUAAUGCGUUACGGUUGUGGCGUUAAUUUCACCACAUGCGGUUGUUGAUAAAAACGGGCAGCCGAAUAGGAAGCACCAACUGCUUAUGGCCAAGUCCUUAAAGUUCCUGAAAACCAACUAAUGUGAUGCGUGAAAAAUGUUGGCUCAGGAGUCACCCUGUGGCCCUGAGCGCAGAUGCAUUUUUCGAUCGUACUGCGUCAAGGAAACCGUUAGUAUAUACGCCAGGGCCGAAAUAGACUUUCGCGCGAGCGAAACUUGUCCACAUAAUCUUCAAGUAUGCUGCAAGCUGGAAAAUAUUCAAGUGCCAGUCCCAGCGCCCAAUCCCAAAUUUGAAUGCGGCGUGCGCAACAUCGAGGGUAAGCCAGUACCAAUUGUCAAGAGCAGGGAAGAGGAAACGGAUUUUCCCGAAUUUCCCUGGGUGGUGGCCAUAUUUUUAAAUGCCAGCACAGAGCAAAAGUUUAUUGGAGGCGGUUCGAUUCUGGCACCGAAUGUGGUCCUCACCGCCGCCCACAUCGUCUACACGCGCCGCACCCAGGAUCUGGUGGCACGCGCAGGCGAAUGGGACAUUCACUCCGAGAUCGAGCCGCUCAGGCAUAAGAACUGCUUGGUUCUGGAAACGAUUUGCCACGAGCAGUUCCACACUGGCACAGCCAUAUACGACAUUGCGCUGUUGAUCUUGCGAACACCUCUGGAGCUGACACAUCACAUAAUGCCCGUGUGCCUGCCGCGUUCGCUUGAGUUUCUGAACUUCGAACGCUGCUUCGUGGCGGGCUGGGGCAAGCCCAGCUUUGAGCAGGUUGCAAGUAUGCGCAAUGUGCUGCGAAAAGUGGAUCUGCCCAUUGUGAACCGUACCGAGUGCCAGCAGAGGCUGCGCUCAACGCGUCUGGGCAGAUACUUUGAGCUGCACGAGAGCUUCAUUUGCGCCGGCGGGGAGCGGGGCCUGGAUGCGUGCACCGGAGAUGGCGGCUCGCCGCUCUUCUGUCCGCUGCUCGAUCACCCGAAUCAAUACUUCCAGCUGGGCAUUGUGGCCUGGGGCUUGGGCUGUCACACGGAAGAUGUGCCUGGCGUCUAUGCGAAUGUGUUUCAAUUGCAGAAAUGGUUGCGCAAAAACCUCAAGGAUCUUGACGUGAAUCCUAACUACUUUACGCCCACCUUUACAACUGAAUACUUCGAUAGGCAAAUGCAUUCGAAAAACUUAACUAAGCUGUAAAUUUGACAUGCAGUUCAAAAUUGGACUUAUCAUCCUAUAAUUCCAUCUGAAGUAGAAUUUUCAUAAAUCACAAACUAAAUAUUAUUGAUAAUUCUUUAAAACUAAAGUCAAGCUAUUCGUUUCUGAUUUUUACAGUAUGAAUAUUUUUCAUUAACACUCCCAAUAUUAAAUAUAUAAAUGUCAAGACAAUUCUAUUAUAAUUCUAA